AUGAAGCAAAUUGAACCAACUUCAACAACCUUCAAAGUAGAUCCAGUCGACAACAUCGAUGAUUGUAUUACCGGUAUUAAAAUGUACUCUUCAAAUCCAUCGUCGUCUUCCGCUCCGAUCAACAGAUCCCCGAAGGUGAGAAGAACGAGGGAUAGCAACUCCUACGGGCCUUACCGCUUCGAAACCACUAACAAAAAGGUGAGACCCCUUCGAGUUGACGACGACGACUACUCUGAAAUCGACUAUGAGAAAGUGACUGUAAGAACUGCGAGAAAGAAGCAAUUGGCCAGUUGUUAUUCUGCCUUACGAGAUUUCGAGGAUAUCUACCCUGGGGAUGAUGAUGAGUUUGAUCACAAGGAAUAUGACAUUAAAGAUUAUGACCUUGAUGCUAUUGAAAGGUGCCAUGACAUAUCUGGUCUGCAGAUCACUGAUAAUUUGGAAGCAGCGAAUACGGUUAACAGGGAUCAGGGACAACCGUCAAAUUCCAGGGAGAAUACGCCAACUGCAAAGUUUGAUAUUAAGAAGUGCGAAAAUGCAAUCACUAUUUUCUGGUUAAAUCUCUGUUCAGGUCACUCAUUCAUUACUACGCCUACUGUCACUUCAUGUAUAUCCUAA